AUGAAGCAUCCUUAUGAUGACAUGGCUGCCUUUUACAAAGCAUCUUUCAUGAGUUACUGUCCUGCCAAUUUAUUGUUAACCUUGUCUAUCAAUCGAAUCAACCGUUAUGCUCCAGUCUUCACCCAAGACAAUUACUUAUUCAUCACUCGUCGAAAUGUGUCAGCUGGGAGCUUCAUUGGUCAAGUGAGUGCCUUUGACCAGGAUAUUGGACGGAAUGGAAGAAUACACCGGUACAGAAUCUAUGGUGGAAAUGACGAGAAAAAAUUCCUCAUAGAUGAACACGGAAUGAUCACUACAGAUGUAUCUACAAAUGUGUUUCCUGCUGACAGGAUCUAUACUCUUAAUCUAGAGUCUGUUUAUAUCUAUCAAUCUAUCUCAGUCUGUUCCUAUCUAUCUAUCUCAGUCAGUUCAUUAUCUAUCUAUCUAUCUAUCUAUCUAUCUAUCUAUCUAUCUAUCUAUCUAUCUCAUUUGUCCAUAUCUAUCUCUUUCUCAGUUUUUCCUUUUCUAUCUAUCUAUCUAUCUCUAUCAUUUUGUUUAUAUCUAUCUUUCUAUCUAUCUCAAUUUGUACAUAUCUAUCUAUCUAUCAAUGUCAUUUCAUUUAUAUUUAUCUAUCUCAUCAUACUUAACAAGGAGGUGACAGCUAUCUAUCUAUCUAUCUAUCUAUCUAUCUCAGUCUGUUCCUAUCUAUCUAUCUAUCUAUCUAUCUAUCUAUCUAUCUCAGUCUGUUCCUAUCUAUCUAUCUAUCUAUCUAUCUAUCUAUCUAUCUAUCUAUCUAUCUAUCUAUCUUAA